CAGGCUCAGAGCCCUCCACUGUCAGAGGAGUGGAGAAGUCUUAGUGGGGGAAAGUGAGACUAACCAGAGAAGAAAAACACUUUUUAAACUGUUUUUGCCUCUGGAGAACGGUAAGAGCUUGGGUGGAAGAUCCAACAUGGCAGUUACCAGCAAGUCUAUGCCUGGCUCCACUAUCGGCCCCACUCUGGGGUUUGAUGACUACACUCUCUACAGCACCCUGUCAGAUGACGAGCUGAUGCAGCUGGCUAUCGAACGCAGCCUUAGUGAUCCCCACAAUGCCACUUCACUGGGUGAAGCCAGCAAGACCUCCACAGCUCUAGGCAGAAGAACAGUCCAGUUCAGGGAAAAUCCACCCACAACUACACCGAACCCAUCAAAUCCACCUAGGGAGGACCCAAGCCAUAGGCCGCCUACUGCCAACCCACCUGACGCCAGGAGAAGGACAUGUGAAGAAAGAAGGAAAUGUGGAGACAUUGUGGUGACUCAUUUUGUAACUGGCAAUGGAAAGCGCAUGCUGGCAUAUCACAGAGGCGAUGGCUCCAUUCAGUACGUGCCAGACACAGAAAAGGAACAGGACCCUAUUGUGAAAGCCAUCCUGAAUGGUGAUGUGACUACGGUACGAGCUAUGGCUAAUAACAUACUGCGGCCUGACAAGUAUGGAUGGAUCCCGCUGCACGAGGCUGCAUAUUAUGGCCAAGACCAGUGUGUCAGAGUUCUUCUUGGGGCUCAACCUGGUGUGAUUAACACGUGCGACCUGAAAGGCCGGACCGCUCUCAUCUUGGCAGUGGAAAGCGAAAAGGUGGCCUGUGUAGAGGCACUUCUGGAGAUGGGGGCUGACCCAGACCUUGCCAACAAGGAGAGAGAGAGCCCCCUCUACAAAGGUUGCGAAAUGGACAAUGCCGAGAUUGUGGCCAUGCUUCUGAAUCACGGUGCUAUGGUGAACAAAUACUCUACCCAGGGCUGGACAGCUCUCCUAGAGGCUGUGAGCCGCAACAACGUUGAGAUCUGUGAGAUGUUAGUCCGGAACGGGGCUAAGGUCAACCCAACCAACCCAACCAUGUCCAGUAUCACACCACUUUCUACUGCAGCCCAGAAUGGACAUGUGGAAACACUUCGAUUUCUUAUUAAACACGGUGCUGAUGUCAAUAGCGAGGCAAGUGAUGGGUCCACAGCUCUGUAUGAGGCGGCUAAGAACGGCCAUGAGGACAUUGUGGAGAUUCUUCUUUCUCAGAAAGCUGUCGCAAACAAAGUGGGAAAGAAAGGACUUCUGCCACUCCAUAUCGCUGCCCAACAAGGAAAUGAUGGUAUCGUGUCGUUGCUGAUCAAAGCCACCAGCAAGUCCAGAGUGAAACGCAGUGGCAUCAGUCCCCUCCACCUGGCCGCCGAGUACAAUUGGGAUGAAGUCCUGGAGGUCCUGAUCAAGGCCGGCUACGAUGUCAAUGCCGUGCUGUCGGAGGAACGCUCCAGGAUGUAUGAGGACCAUCGUAGAACAGCGCUCUACUUCGCCGUCACCAACGGCAAUGUGGACACGACCACCAUGCUUCUAGAAGCCGGUGCCAACCCAAACCUGGACACAUUCAACCCGCUACUUGUGGCCAUGAGGCAAGGUAGUAUUGAAUUGGUAACUUUGCUGGUGGAGCACAUGGCCAACGUCAAUGCCUACAUCCCCACUCACCCCACCUCAUUCCCAGCCACCGUCAUGUUCAGUAUGAAGUAUCUGUCCAUGCUGAAGUAUCUGAUGGACAACGGAUGCGAUGCCCUCUCCUGUUUUAGUUGCACUUACAGCAGUGGUCCACACCCACCCCUUCAGGAGACCUCUGAGAGAGAUGAUUUGCGCUACAAUACCGAUAUGCGCAGAAAUACCGGGGAACCUGUUCAGUUUUGUGAGAUAAUCUCUACUCGGGCAAUGAGCCGCUGGGCAGGACCCAUCAUAGACGUACUCCUGGAUUACGUUGGCCAGGUGAAACUCUGCUCCAGACUCACUGAACACCUAGAUAGCUUCAAGGACUGGGAAGUCAUCAAGGAGAAAGCAACGCCACCACGUCCACUGAUGCAGCUGUGCAGGCUGAAGAUCCGCCAGAAAGUUGGAAUCCACAGACUGAGGUACAUCAACAAACUGCCCCUCCCACAACAACUGAUCAAGUACCUCAACCAUGAAGAGUGCAACCAAGAACAGUUUGGUGAAGACUAAUGUGUAAAAUCAUAGUCAAAGUAAGAGACAACAGAGGGAAUACGGCACAAAAUCGCUUCACAUAUUCAUUGUUUUUAGUGUGAUAUUUGAGCAAUAAUAUAGAGUAGAGUGCGUUGAACCUAGAGUUCACAAUUAAACUUUAAGACCAGACUAAGGUAGACUUAACAAAGUCGGUAAGUGUGUGUGCUUGCACUUCACUUCAGACAAACUCCUCAUGAGGGUGCCAAAUGACUUCACAGAGGAUGGAUCCAUGAAUGAAGUUCUUUUGACACCACCAUUCCUCUUGCCCUCUAGCAUUGGACUGAACUACUACUGUACCACAUAACCCAACCUAGUGCAUUAUUCAUGCAAUGUACUGUCCAUGUUAUGAUGGCUCACAUUUUACAACAUAUAAUUAUCUACAAUGUUGUCUCUUGGAUUGUUGUUCAAUUACAUUAUGACCACUAAUUGGAUUGUGAAUUAUCACAGACAUCCAUAUGGUAGAGGCAGCUGUUUUAGUCUUGAAAUAGGUCUAUAACAAGCUGUUCUGUAUCCAUGACUGAACUGCAUUGGUCAGUAUUAAAAACAUAGUAUGUAAUUGCAAAACCUGUCAAGGCAAUGGAAACUACUUGCCAACAAUGUUGAUUGACAGAUGAACGCUUUUUCUGUAGAAUUCAUCACUUGAUCUGUAAGACGUGUGGGAAUCUGGUUCCACUUCUAGCACAGUGGUCCACUCUGUCCAAACUGAGGAACGCCACAGAAGAUGGCUUUGUUAGACUGAGGUGCUAUCUUUAGCUCACAGCUCAUUUGAACUGUGUAGUGAAAACUCAAAAGCAGAGAGAAGGUGGAUCUUUUGAGAAGUAUUUCUUACUCUAACCUAAGAAAAUAUGCUAUUUAAAAAAUAUACAUGCAUUUUGAUUUAUUGUUUGUAAAUCCUGCUCUGUGAUUUUCCCCAGUGAAUUUUGCAGAUGGUUACAGGCUACAUUGAUAUGACAUUGCUGCUGUUUGGUGUUAUUUGAGUGUAAAAAAUAUAUUUUCAAAGUUCACAUUUAUAUGUAUGGACUGUUAUGUGCAACAUCCUAAUUAGGCUGCACUAAAAGUAAAUGUAGAGAUUAUCAUUAUUUGAAUGACAAGUCAUCAUUGAGCUAUAAUCCAUCUAUGAUGAUGCUGCAAUUAACCUUACUCCAUCUUCAUACACCAAAUGAUUGAUGUUUGACUGCACCUGUUUCCCAUUUUCCUAAAAUGAAACUGUCACCAAUUUUCAGCCUCAUAUUUAGCACAGUUUCUACAUUCUGAAGAUUAACCCUUGUGUGGGUUAACAUUUUCAAUGUUUACUAAAAGAAAAAUGAUAGAAUUAAUACAUUUUCAACCUGA